AUGCGCGGCGUGCCGCUUCGGAUCGAGAUCGGCCCACGGGACGUGAAGAACGAGCAGGUGAUGUUGGUUCGUCGCGACACCAGAGACAAAUCACCGACCUCGAUGAACGGGUUGGCCGGUCGUGUCGGCGAGUUGUUGGAAUCGAUUCAGCAGGAGCUGUACGACCGCGCGAUCACGUUCCAAGAGGACCACACCAUGAAGACCACCAAUCGAGCCGAUUUCGAUGCGAGCCUCAAAGGCCGCCCAGGCUACGUCGUGGCCCCCUGGUGUGGCUCGGCAGAAUGUGAGACCCAGAUCAAGAAUGCCACUCAGGCCUCCAUCCGGAAUCUGCCACUCGAACCGACCGGAACCUCAGGCGACUGCAUCCAGUGCGGUCGCCCCGGGUCAGGUCGAUGCAUACUUCGCCAAGUCCUACUGAUCGAUAUCGAUCCGGCGCCGCCUCGUUGA